AUGAGAACGUACGCUCUCCUAUGGCCCUUGGCCGCAUUCCUAGUGACCCGGACCUCCGGGUCGGCCAUUCCGAUGUGGGAAUUCCUCAGUCGAGGAGAAAAGAUGAGCCACUUAUUCAACAUGUUCGUGAAACAAGUAGCCGACUUCUGUGACUCAUCUUCGAUGCCAGACUGUAAUAAAGUAUUAUUGGUUUAUGGUUUAACCAACUUGGCGAAAAUGGGAGAUGAUAGCUUAGACAAAAUGGACCCUUAUCAAAGAGGAUCGAGAAUAAUGAUAUGGGAAUCUAUGAUGAAAGGAGGUUUCUAUACUUCCCAAACAACCAACAAAUCGGAACAAGAGCUCAAUGACCCAUUAGAAACAAGUGGUGGAAACGAUUUGGGUUCUGCGUCGAAUAACGUCGAAGAAAUAGCUACUCCGCCAGGUGGUUAUAUCAUCGGGCCAAUGGUCGUGAGAGUAAUGCCUGAUGGUCGGCCAGUACCCGGUGACUCUCAGAGGCCUCUGCCUAAAGACGAAGACGCAGAAGAAUUCAUUGCCAUGCGAUCCAAACCUAUGCCUUCCAUGAUUGAUAUGCUAGGUCAGCGGAAACAACAAACACAAAAUAGGCCUGCUGUGAGACCAUUUAGGUAUACGCUUAAACCAAUAAACUGA